GGUACGUAGUUGCUACCAAUAAUGUAAUUUUGGCUGGUGUUUACCUGUGCUCCUUAAUUAGCCUGUUUUCUGCUAAUCAACAGACUUUAUGAACAUUGCUGAUUGGUUGCUGCUUGGCUCUAAGCCCGGAAGUUAUUUUUGUAAAAGAGGUUUUGAAAGGCUAGUAACACCAAGCUCAUCAAGAUGGGGUCAAUGAUGGCUAAAGCAAUGGACGAGAGUUUCCAAAAGAACAAGUCGUUCAUGAUGGAGAGUCAAGUUAUGGUGAUGGAACGUCAGCUUCAAAUGCAGAACCAGAUGAGAGAGAAGAUGAUGGCCAUGCAGCUGUCGGGGGCCAGGGAAAUGUUCAACUGGUUCGCAUCAUUCUACGGAGUAGCAUUCGUAGGAUGCUUAGCUGGAUUUCUGAAAAGCAAGAAUCCAACCGCAAUAGCUCCACUGGUUCCCCUGUCUUUCGUCCUCGGUUACCAGUAUGAUUACACACAUGGGACCAAAGUCAUGAGAAUACGAGAGGAUGCAGAGAAAAUCUUGAAGAAUGAGAGAGACAUGCUCUCAAUACCUCUUGGUAUGCCUACAAUAGCAGGGAUUGAUGCAGCCAGACAGGCUGCUAAACUAGCUGAAGUAACGUCACAAGAAAGCAAAUAGACAAGUGUGAGAGUAUCUAAAAAUCUAUCAAAUUCUAGAUUAGUUUUUUUACGAUAUUGUUAUAUUUCUUAUAAGUGAUAUUUUGAUGUACUGAAGUUUGCAUUCUGGAGAACAUUGUACCUUCUCAGAGUUUUUGAUUGACCCCAUUCACCGUAAAUCACUGGGGAUCAGGAUGCCUAGAGGUUGGAUCACCUCUGUGGACCCCGGUUUGGAUCCCACCUCCCUCAGACCGGAGCUUUGCAUGUGGAUUGGGUUUUCAGUCCCUAACCUGGUUGUGUGGUUUUCCCCUGUUGAGGUUUUUCUUGGUUCCGAUUCACUCCGUUAUUAGCGAUAAUUGUGCAGUUGGAUAUGUAAUCAAAUCACAUAUAAAUAAGAAAAUAAAAUCAUCACAUGAGACUUCAGUUAAUUUCCACUUUUGUAAUGACUAAUGUUAGUGGUUAUGAUGUUCAGGCAGUAUUCCCUAUUAUUAUACUUCAUAAUACUCUUGAUAGCUUAUCAAGAUUGGGCAUUUUAAGAUAUUAUGUUUUUCACCUCCUAAAGGCUGACAUUUUCUUUGCUUUCUACCCAUGCAAUCACAUAAAAGCUGGUAAUUUACUCACAACAGCUUUAAGGGAAGUUAUAGACCAUGUGACCUCUGACGUCACUCGAAAACCAUAACAUGAUUUGCGUGCAUACCGCCGGGCAAAACCUAUG